AUGGUUAUCCAAGAGGUUGGUGUCAUGGGGGUCAAGCCCGGCAUCAAAAUUAUGGAUCCGACCACACCUGAGGGAAAGAUCUUGUAUGAGGCUUGGUCAACCGUGGUAACAAAGCCUGGUGGCCCAUCCAGGGUUUAUUGGGGCUUAGAGAAAGAUGACCCAUUGAGAAUUUGGGGCUUUUUCGACUGGGACACAGUUGAGCAACAUGAGAAAUUCGCCAAAGAGCAUGGAGCAGACGCAGUCAAGGACAUUCCAAAGAUCUGUACCUAUGGAGAAAUGACGAAACAUGUUACUAUGUUUCCGUCGUCUGAUGUAUUUCAGUCCCCUAUAACGGAUAUCGUGGUAGCCUACUUCCCCAAGGACUUUCCCCAUACCGAAAAGGAUAAGGCAGCCGCAAAACUUCAGGAUGUUCUUGCCAAGAGCUUCGGCACCUACUCUGACGUUGAAAAAAUCGCUCAUGGUUGGGGCAUUGAGAAUGACUUCCCAGUCAAGGGCAAGAAAGCUGUGGAUGGGCAACCAGGAGCGGCACUCAUGGGAUUUGUUGGCUGGGCCAACGAGUCUGCACAGGCGGAUUUUCACCAGACAGCUACUUACAAUGAGGCAGUGGCACAGAUACAUGAAAUGAGCGGACUAGUUGGUCUCAACAUUGUCACUCUUCGAUGUCAACAUCUAGAAAGACUUGAAGAAUAG